CAUUAUUCAGUCUCUUUAGAAACUUCUCCAGGGGAAAAGUGUUGGGAGAUCUACAAAGUGGAAUUCUUUUUCCCCCCCUUUUUCCCCCCUUCACUCUCUCUCUCACUCUCUCUCUCUCUCUCUCUCUUGCCGAUUUGGUAAAAAUCCUCCAACUUUACAGAAAACCUCUUUGUUGUUCUUAACCCAAUCUAGGAAGACGAGGGUAGGGGGGAAAACCCAGCCAGUCCCGACCCAAGCUCAGUCGCUGCUCGACAAAGCCCAGCUCUACCUGCUUCCAUGCUCCUCUAGCCGUUUUUAAUUUGCUGCAGAUAAUAUCAGGACAGUCAAGAGAAGCUCGGUCCCUACUUUGCUGCCUCUUCAGGCUCUGCUCUUGCAAACCUUGCUCUGGAGUGGGGCGUGUGGAUUAUUGUGUACGUCUCUGUGCAGCCUCACCACAGCUGUCCUUGUUCUUUUUUGCCCCUCCUGCCUGUUCAGUGACUUUUUGGGCAGGGGUAACAAAAAAACCCCUCCAACCUGUUGCAUCUGCAAUUUUUUUUGUGGCGGCAGAUUUCGAAAGCCUGUUGGAAUUUUUCUUAUUCUUUUUGAAUCGUUUCGAAGUGGAAAAGCUUUUUUUCCCCCCAGAACCUAAGGAAGGAGCAACUUUAAAAAAAACUCGUUCUCUUUAAAAAGACACUCAACACUGCCUUGGUUGCCAGCGACGCUGCGCCUCUGAGUGCCCUGAAGAUGCUCUUAAGGCAGGUUUUCCUCUUCUGCCUGUGCCUGGGGCUUUCGCAGGGCUUGGGCUCUUUUGUGCACUGUGAACCUUGCGAUGAAAAAGCACACUCCAUGUGCCCUCCCAGCCCUGUGGGCUGCGAGCUGGUGAAGGAGCCUGGCUGCGGAUGCUGCAUGACCUGUGCCCUCGCAGAAGGGCAGUCGUGCGGAGUAUACACGGAGCGAUGCGCUCAAGGCUUGCGCUGCCUGCCACGCCAAGGCGAGGAGAAGCCCUUGCACGCGCUGCUCCAUGGUCGAGGGGCCUGCCUUAAUGAAAAGAGCUACAGGGAGCAAGCCAAGAAUGAAAGGGAAUCCCGUGAACAUGAGGAGCCAACCACAUCAGAGAUGGCAGAGGAGACCUACUCGUCUAAGAUAUACAGGAGCAAGUCCCAUGGGCGCCUCUCUGAUCUGAAGGUUGAAGCCCUGAAGAAGGACCGCAGAAAGAAGCUAACUUUAUCCAAGUUUGUUGGUGGGGCAGAGAACACAGCACACCCUCGGGCAACUGCCCCUGAGCUGAGACCAGAAUUUGAACUGGGCCCUUGCCGUAGACAGAUGGAAGCAUCCCUGCAGGAGUUGAAAUCUAGCCAGCGAAUGAUCCCCCGAGCUGUGCACCUUCCCAACUGUGACAGGAAAGGAUUCUACAAAAGAAAACAGUGCAAACCAUCCAAGGGUCGAAAACGUGGGCUCUGCUGGUGUGUGGACAAGUAUGGACUGAAGCUGCCAGGAAGUGAUUAUGUCACCGGAGACCUCCAAUGCCACAGCUUUGACAGCGGCAACACUGAGUGAAUGCCCCUCUUGCCUCUCUCUGCCAGAGCCUUUCUCUGUCCCCAACCUUCACCUCACGACUGCCCAGGAGACUGAUUCCUUUAAUCUCAUUUAAGAAUCUGAGGACCUCGGAAUCUACAGCACAUAUCUACUCCUCUUAACAGCAAAAAAGAAAAAAGACUAAAAAAAGAAAAAACGACAUGUUAAGCCAAAAACUAAAAGAAAAGAUAAAGACAAGGAUGCCAAGCCAGCCAGCUCCCUUAGGACAAGGCCCUCAAGAAUCCCACAGGCCACCUUACUUGCAAACAACACCAAGGCCUCCCUGACAGCACCCAUGUGGGAAGUUCUCAGAUGCACUUGAAUUAUGUUUUAUUGUUUCUUUAACGUUGUGGGUAUAAAACAUUUACAUGUCACUUCACACAAGGUCGUUUUGCAAACAGAAUCCUAGCACAAGAAGGCCUGACACUAUUCAGUCCUUUUUGGUAUUCUGCUUCAUUGGGUAGCGGGUGGGGUGGUUAAAUGAUGCAUUCAUGUUUAGUUCCCUCUCUCCCAUCACAGACUGAACUUUAGCUACUCUCUGUCUCUCACUCACUCACAUUUUUGUUUAAUAAAAAGCAAGUGGGUCAGAGCACAAAAGAAUGUACAGCAGUCAGGACAAAUUGAAGCAAAACGCUUUCCAUUCCCACUGGGACUUUUUCCCUGGGCGGUAGGCAAGAGGUUUGACUUGAGUAAUUGAGGUGUCAUUGUGCAUCCCUGUUCUAUGUAAAUACAGAUCUAAAUGCAUUUAUUUUUUUUUUGUUGAACAUGGCCCAGUUUGUACAAGCAGAGCCAUUUGACCUUAAUUCUGCAAGAAAUCCCUCAGACCUCUUUGCAUUUAUUAGUAUAAGAUGGUCAAAAUCACCCAUUUGCAGGAUUGGGACCCUGGCUGAAACAACAGGGAGUCCUAUGUCCCCUGCAAAUAUAUGAAACAUUAUUGUUUUUGAAAAUGAACUGGUAGACAACUACACCCAAGUGGGUUAGAAAUUUCUGUCAUAUCUAUUUUUUACUGCAAGAAAAAGGAUGAAAAAUGCUAACCAUAUUUCAUUCUCAAGUAUCCUAAAUAGGUACCCUGCUCAGGAAAAUCUGAAGAAGAUAGCUCAGAAUUAAUUGUACCCCUGAAACGUAGAUGCAAACCUGUCCCACAAAAAAAAAACUACCUGAUAUCUAAAAAUAUCUGAGAGUCUCUGUAGAGAGAGUAUACUUGAGUAACUGAUUGCAAGUAGAGCUGUCACUCUAGAUUUUUCCUGACAGAGGUUCUCUUCAGCAUCUGUAUGGUGUACAGAAAUUUAGCAUGUGAGCUUCUCAUUACCGUGUUGUGGAAAAACAAUUACUUGUUGAAUUUCUGGCUGUUGUGCUUAUAACAUUGCCUCUGUCAGGGAAAAAAAACAAAAACCCCUGUGAUAACUCUCAAUAAACAGGUGGCCAAAACCAUUAAUUUGACAAUUUUCACAUUCAAACUUGGGCAGACUACAAAAGCCUUUUCGUGAAAAUGUUUUGCCCAUGGAUACGCUAAUGACAAGGGUCUUUCUUAUGCCCAUAACAAUGAAUGAGAAAACAAGAAAACAAACCACGAAAGGAAUGUUGCCCAUUGAAGUCCCUUGAGUUGGAGGAACUGGUGAAAUAGUAGCCGUGAGGCAGCCACGGGACAUUGCAAUCCACCUGCGGGUGAAAAAGAAAUGAAACCCUUGGUGAUCAUUCCCUCCUGGAGAAGGACUCCAAAGGACUCAAGAGCACUGGUGUGGCUGACUGCAAGCACUACCAGACAACGUGCUGAUCAGAAGCAUGGAGAGAGGGGGAGUUUCUUCAUUGUAGGCGGACAGAGAAGACUUGCUGCCUGCUGAGCGUGCGGAAAGAGAGCUGUUAGCAGAACCGGAAGGUUAAUCACAACACACAACACCAUAGCACAGUUAAAUGGGAAAUAAGGAAUCUUUCUGGCAGAAUGGUUGCUGUGUAUGAAAAUGACUGGUGGGUUUUGCUCCUGCCCCUUCACUACUAAUACUGUCCAACUGGCCUCCAAAUAAGGUUAAAACCACCAAUAUCUGGACUUCCAAGGGAUGUGAGGGGUUCAUGGCUGGAAAUCUGGAUAUUUGUAUCAAAAUUUAGAAGGGAUGAGAUUUUGCCACAUUUGGGUGUGCAAAUACCAUCCUUUUGUGAAGAACGGGGGGGGGGACUCUUUUCAAAUUCAAUAAUUUGAGUAGAUUGAACCCAAAUUUCAGCAAUCUAAACAAAACCUAUUCUGUCUUUUGAUUUGUCUCUUACAAAUGGAAUCAAUAAUAUCUGCUUGCUUUUGGAUUUCAAGAAAUUUGUAUAGCACUAUUCAAUAUCCCAUCCUCAGUGGGACUUUAGCAGCAGUGAUGAACAUUUAUCUUUCCUCCUGACCAUUCAGGAUAUGCAAAUCUGUGUCCAAAGCCAGGACUAAGCUUUGAGUGAGACGUUUGAUACCAAAACAGCUGGAUUUGUUCCCAAUUCUAUUUAGGACAUGGAAAGGUGAAAAGUGCUUUGUUUACUUCAUGCAUUUGGGUGCAGGUUGGUUUGAUUAUUUAGUAGUGCCUUUCCAUGCCUCUGGAAAAAUCCUUGGGGAAACUGUGCUCAUAUAAUCAGAACAACAACCUUUGCCAAGUCCCUCCUGCUCCACUCAUGCCUAACAGAUCUUCUAAGGUAACAAUAAUGACCACCUAUGUCAAUCAAAAAUGCUUUUAGGACAGGAGGAGUAGGUAUCACUGUCCCUUUUAGGGAUUCUGUACUAUAAAGGUUUCUGAAUGGGAUUCUCUGCCACUAAAAGGUGGAGGAAAGGUGUGGACUCUUAGCACUGGUGGAAGGGGUUUUGCUGUUGGGGAUCUGAGAUGUGUUUUUGCCAUAAUCCUGACAUCUGUGACCCAUGUCCAGUAUCUGGGCGAUCCAUACAGUCCACUAAAGGGGGAAAAAUCAUUUAAGGAUUUCAUCUCUGCCCACCACUUUCAACAUAGUUAAUGUCUGUGAGUGGACAGAUUACUUGACCAGAAAUUGAUACUAGGAAAAAUACUUCUUUCCUUCCCCAUGGAUCAUGGGGACACCUCAAAUGGCAUUCAUAUAUCUCUUAUAUUCUGGGAUAAUGGCCAGUCUGAGAAGGAGAGACCACCAAAAUUGCUACUCUAAUUUCUACUAGAGUAGCUUGGGCAUGCCAAAAAUGAACUGUCCUAAUAACCAGAACCUUUUAGCUAAGCUAAGCUCCUUGGAACAGGUAGUGCACAGUGAGAGGCAAGCCCCCCCCCCCCCCCCCCCCCGCCCAUGUCCUUUGUUUGCCAAAAAGAGGAUUGGAACUGCUUUGCUCACUCAAGGGCUGGUAGCACGCUUUGUCUCUAGAGGAUAUGUGGGACAUUUCCAAGACAGAAUAAUUUGGGACUGGGGAGAGGCAGAGAAAUUUCAUAGCUUGUGAUUUCAGAAACAAACACAUGCCCGCACACCCCUAUUGUCCAAAAUAGAUUGAAAGGAAGAAGCAGAGGGAGAGGCACAUAAAAUCUAUAUAGCAUACAAAAGGGCAGGAGCAAUGCUGGACACAUGGGGAAAAGAAACAGGGCACAAGUUAAUGGAUUUAUACUAGUUUAAUUGACAUGCUUUCUCCAAAAAAUCUUGGGGGUUUCGUUUUGGUGAGGUGCUGAGAAUUUAAUGGUAGACACUCCUAGGUCCCCUCAAAAAAUGACAGUUUCCAGGAUUUCUAGAAACAGGAAGUCACUAUGGAAUCAUUAUUAGUUUUUGCUGUAGCUAUGCCCUGAAUUGCAUGCAAUUAAAAGUUUCUGCUAAAAAGCCCCCUUUUCCCAUAAAUGAUAGAGAUAGUAUCUUGGUACUUUUGGACUGGUUUCAUCAAAACCAUCUUGAAUUCAUUUCUUUCCUUUUUAAAUAACAUUUUCCCUGAUUUCCACACACACCCCUCCCCAAAAUGCAUUUUCUUUCUUUAUGUGUCUUUUUGUCGUUGCUGUUGUUUCCUGAAACUUGAAAACUUUUCCCUGCAUAGAAAGUUAAGAGACCUUCAGGACAAGGAAAGCCCUUUGACUUCCCAUCCCUGGGGGUGCACGUGGAGUCUAGGUAUUGUAAUCAGGAGGAAUGGCUGCAAGGGAAUAUUACCAUCUGGCAGCCCAUUUGCAGGCUUGCUUGCAAGGGUUUUUCUCAAAGGCUCAAAACCUCUGGGGACAAUGCAGACAAAACCUCUGUGGCCCUUUCCCCACUCACCUUUGCCCGAGGCUCUGCGCGGUGUCGUCGAAAGGCGCCAGAAAUUCCGCGCGUCGAGGGGGCGCGAGAGAAGCAGCUUUGGGGUGGCUGUGUUCUCGCCGCCCCUGAAGUGGGGAGGGCAGCUGAACCCCGCGCUACUUUAGGAGAGUAGCGCGGGGCUUAAGGAAAGUGGGGAAAGGGCCACAGUCUUUGGCCAUUAGAAAACAAACUCAUCUAGAUUGCUUACAUCAGCACUUAAAAAGUCUCACCUGAAAGAUAGGACUCCUGUCCUAUCUAAACCUCCUGAAAAACUGCCACGAUUCUGGAGCUUUUUUAAAAAAAUCCCCUUGUCAAGAAGAUCAUUCUUGCACAGUUGACCAGGAAAGCAUAUGCCAUCUUUCAAAGCCUAAGAAUUGUUUGCUUCCAGUGGAGAGUAGGGACCAUGCCAGCAGAAAGGUUGUGAAACAGGAUAGCAGCCUUUGAUGCCAUUAAGAGGAUUCAAGCGGACCGCCGGCAUGACCUGUGCAGAAUGUGAUCACCGUCAGACUGUUUAGAAAUAAGGCUUGUGAGAAUCCUGGGAGCAAAGGCUGCAGGAGAUGCAAUUACAGCUAGAACUCAAGCUAGAAAUCAGUGAUGGCAGACUGGGUUGGGGAGAAGCAGUGGCUUAGUGAAGGAGCCUCUGUUUUGCCUGCAGAAGGUCCAGAUCCAAUUUCCUGGACAGCCACUUGCAGCCAGGAAUGUCCAGAAUCAAGGCCCAGAGGCCCGGCUGGGCCAUUUUGAUGCCCUGCUAAAACAGAACUUGAGCUCUGAUCGCAAUUAUCCAGGUAUUUAUGACUACAUGAGAGACCCAUUUCCUAACAUGUAGUUUUAGAAGUAAUAAUGUAAGAGUCUAUUGAGAAUAAUCAUGCUUGAAUUCAAGCAAGUAAAAGUUCUGAAACUUCUCACAUGAGGAAAUCAAACAUUAGAAUGACUUUUUAAAAUCUUUACCUACCUACCAGUACUUUUUCGCCAAGUCCAUGAAUGUCUUCUGAUAUAUUAGCAUCUAGCAAUCCAUUCUUAAAGAUAUCAAUGUUAGUCCCUGUUGUGUCACUCAAUGCUAUAUAUAAAAAUUAUGUUGAAACUCAAUGCCAUCAGCACUGUAAAUGUGCUUUAGUUCAAACAGCCUUCCCUCUUUGCCUCUGGUUGGCCAACAGGCACUUAAAAUUCCUUCUGCGCUGCCGUUCUCCCCAGGAGAACCUAAGAGUGCAAUCCAGUUUUGGGGGUGGGGGUACUGUGGCAGAUGGGGACAGCGUGGUGAUGGUCAUGCUGCCUCCCCAGGGGGCUUCAGGUGGGAUGGAAAUAAGGGAAAGUUGAAAUCCCUCUGGCUGUCCAAAUCACCCCAUAGAAUAAAUAGGCUUACACCACAUUUUUGUGCAGCGUAAGUCUGCCGGACUGGGGAGUGGUGUUUUGGGGCUGGAAUGGUGGUAGAAGCCCGCCAAGGAGCCUGACGCUGGUGUUUUUGCUCUCUCUGCUGACAUAUGUGCCCCUAACGCCAGCAAAGGAGGCAAAUGCAUUGGUGCAGCCCUCUGCUGCUCCCACAGCCCAACCUCCCCCCCCCACCCCGCAUCUGGAUUGGGCUGCCCAUUGCCUAAGUUCAAAAGUGCUCAGGAGAGUCUUUCCAUUGUUGCCCAAAGGUUCACUGGAGGCAGGUUAUUUCCUUCCAGUCAGGAGCCUUUCUGCCAGUGUAGUCAAUCACGGUAGAGGGCAACGAGGGGGAAAAAACUGAUGACAAAGCAGUGGGGAAACUCCCUUCAGGGCCUGGAUCUGGGGCAGAAAGAGGAGACAUGUUGGAAAAUGCUGAAGAAAGCAUUAGUGAGCUCCAUUCUCUGUCCCAGCUUUCGCUUUUCAAAGUUUUGAGACACAGGUGGGAAUCAAGAGCAUAUGGAGAUCUCAAGGGGGCCUCGCUGUGGCUUAUGUUCCCUAUGAAAAACAGUAUCCUGAAAAGCAAAGACCUCCUUCCAGGCUGAGAUGUUCCUUGGCAGUGCCGCAGUGGGCAGUUUUAUUUUGAAACCACUAGUACAAGAGCAUAUUGCACUAUUUCUCCACUUCAUCUCCUGUCUGUUUCUCUCUCCCUCUCCCCUCCUCUUUUAACAGAGCGUCUAUAUUUACGCAGUUGACAGGCCACUGCUGUCCCAGGUUACCCUUCCCGGUAUGAGCAUCUUGGCUAAUGGCCAGGAUGCCUCCCAUCGCUCCAUUUCCAACUCCGCCCACUCUAAGCCCCACCCCACCACUGGGACUGCUCUUCUGCAAUGGAGUGACCACCCACGCUAGCACAAUUAACGACAAACAAGAUUCCGAGUUUCCUGCCUGGUUUUUUAUCAUUACGCAAAAUACUCACAACACAUUUUACAGUAGCUUUUAAUAGCUUUACGUACAUUCAGUAGCUCUGUGGAUAUUUCUUUUCCUCUUGCAGUAAACAAGAAUAUUCAUACUCUUACCGGUGGGGGGAAAAGGCAGUUUGUGAAAAACUGACAAUGGAUGAGGAGUGUAAUGCUCUGUUUAGCCUUUUGUACUUUAAGAAAAAAAAGAAUCUCACAUUUUAUUAAAAGGUGAAGAUUGCUGUAUACUAUUUAUUCAACUUAUAAUUUAUGUUACUCUUUGAUCUUUGUCUUUUCUCAUGACAAAGCAUUUAUUUAAUAAAGUUAUGCAUUCAGUUA